AUUAAAGACAAACAAGAAAAAGAAACUCAAAAUGAACAAUUUGUAAAAGAUCUUAAAGAACUAAUAGUAGAAAUAACAAAUAUAGAGAAUGAAUAUAAGGCAAUUCAAAGAAUGCCCAAAACUAAACUUGAAGAAAAAUCAACUAAACAAUACUAUAAAAAUGAAAUAGCUAAACGAGAAAGGAAUUAUCAGUACACAUAUGAUGAUGCUAUACAAAUACAACUACAACAAUUUGUAAAUAUGGCACUAGCAGAUAAACAACUAGUAAUGCAACAACUAGUAGAAGAAUUUAACAGCAAUGGAGAUCCAAAGAAAUGA